CCCACUCCACCCGUACCCAACCAACGCAUUAACUUUUCUCUUCUUCCUUCUCGUCUCUCUCUCUCUCUCUCUCUGAAAAUUUUCAAAAAUCCCCAGUAUCAGAAACGGAGAUAGAAGAAAGGACAGGGACCGACACGGUCGCAAUGGAAUCAAGCGUGGCCAAGCGGCUGUGGCAGAUCGUACGGGCGGUGUACUACAUGAUCCGUAAGGGAAUCUCCAAGCGCAAGCUGUUGCUGUUGGACCUCCACCACCUCCUCGACCGCGGCAAGAUCGCCGGAAAAGCCCUCGGCAACCUUAUGACCUUCCAUCACCACCACCACCACCACCACCACGGCGACGCCUCUGCCUUCUCGGGGUUCUCUUGCCGGUCCUUGGAUCCCAACCUCUCCUACUACAACCCCCGGGAGGUGGAGUUCAGCUGCAGCAACACCCCCGCCCAUCCUUCCUUCCUCACCGCCAAGCGAAAGCAUAGCCACCGCCACGACUUCUACAACUACGACGUCGCCGCCGUCGCAAAGGCCUUCGAGAUCCUCAACUCCGAGGAAUCGGAUACGGAGUCGCUAAUGGCAUCACCCUCACCAGCCCCGAUUUGGAGCAGCUUCGGUAGGAGCCCGGCGGUGGUGCGGCAGCUGAGGAUAACCGACUCGCCGUUCCCGAUAAGGGAGGAGGAGGAGGCCGACGGAUACGUGGAUCGGGCGGCGGAGGAGUUCAUUAGGAGGUUCUACGAGCAGCUUCGCCUCCAGAGAAGCGUCGCGGCCACACCGGAGUAUACAUUCCCCCGCGAGCCGCUGGUCGGCCGAGCUUGAGAUGGCCAUGGAUGGUUAAUUACUUGAGCUGAUUUAUGUGAAUAAAUAAAUUAUAAAUAGGGUACGAUGCAAAUCUAUGUUGUUUACCUCGCUUCGCUUUCUAGUAAUUGCUUUGGUUGUUGGAGAGGAUGGAAGGUGCAGUUGUUCAUGACUCAAGUGCUGAGCUUUCUAUUUCUCUUGCACCUUUUUCUCUACUAGUUUGUUUUCUUUAGGGACCUUUUUCUCUACUUUGUUUGUUUUCUUUAGAGGCUUUAUAAGAUCAACCCCUAUUUAGAUGCUUAUUUUCA